AUGUCAUUAUCGUCGGGCAUCCAACCUACCAGCGUAAAUCUUUGCUUCCAUGCACCGCCCAACAACAUGCCGGCUUGUCUCAACAUCGACGUUGUUGACAUGUUCAAGACCUCCGGAGUUGUCCAAGAAUGA